UGACCCGCCUGGAUCGACUGCUCCCGUCUGGUCUGUCCCAUGCGCGGGAAAAUAGAUUCGAUCCGGCAACCCUAUCCAAUCUUCACAACGCCGACCAGCCACCUUUUACAUCCCUGACUCCGCGAGGUCUACCGAAUUACACGAGUGGAAGCAGAGAAGCUCAAACUGCCGCCAUGUCCGAGGCUUAUUUCCGGGUGGAGUCGGGUGCGCUGGGACCUCAGGAGAACUUUCUUUCCUUGGACGACAUCCUGAUGUCCCAUGAGAAACUCCCAGUGCGCACCGAGAUCCCCAUGCCACGCCUCGGCACUUUUUUCCAGGAACGGAGUGGAGGGGCCGACACCGACAAUGCGAUUCCUCAGGGCUCAAAGCUGGAACUCCCCUUGUGGCUGGCAAAAGGACUUUUUGACAACAAGCGGCGGAUCCUCUCUGUGGAACUUCCUAGGAUCUACCAAGAGGGUUGGAGGACUGUAUUCAGUGCGGAUGCCAAUGUGGUGGACCUCCAUAAAAUGGGGCCCCAUUUCUAUGGGUUUGGCUCCCAACUCCUGCAUUUUGACAGUCCAGAGAAUGUAGACAUUUCUCAGUCUCUCCUACAGACAUUUAUUGGACGUUUUCGCCGCAUCAUGGACUGCUCCCAGAAUGCUUACAAUGAAGACACUUCGGCGCUGGUAGCCAGGCUAGAUGAGAUGGAAAGGGGCUUAUUUCAAACAGGGCAGAAAGGAUUGAAUGACUUUCAGUGUUGGGAGAAGGGGCAGGCUUCUCAGAUCACAGCUUCUAACCUUGUUCAGAACUACAAGAAGAGAAAAUUCACUGAGUUGGAAGACUGAAGGCCAGAAGAACACAGAACUGCCCACUAUAGAUUUAUCCCUGAGUGUCCUUGGUAAGAACCUGGUUGACCCUAUAAAGGGCCAGAAUCCUGUCCCAUCUCAUGGCUUAUUUCCUGCAGCAGCCCCAGGAGUGACACAUCAUCUAGUUGGGAAAGAAAAUGCUGGAGGGUAUAAAUAUUUCAGGACUACCCCCACCCUCCUGCCUGACAGCCCAGGCUGACUUAACCCCAGAAGCCACAACCAAGGAGAAAUCAAAGAUCUUUACAAAUUAGGAUCAUUAAUACGUACAUUGCAAUAGAGUUGGAACUGGAAUUCCAUGUGCCUGGGAUUUGGACACCCUCGAUGUCCAGUGUCACUAGCUCCAAUGGACAGCUACGAAUUGGGCUAUCUUAGUCUCGUCACAAAAUGUUCUCUUGAUCUUAAUUGCCUCAUCUUUCUCUUGGUGGCACAAAGGACAGCACUCCCAGGAUGCUGGUCUUGUAAAUAUCUCCUGCUGCCUGCCUGUUACCCCAGUUUCCAAGAAUAAAGAAGGCAAACGGAAAGGCUGAUGAAUGGCCUGGCUUUUACUAAAGAGACGACUUUGCUUUCCUCCUCCGUCAUUAAAAAGUCCCAUGACUCUACAGUCAAGGUAGGGAGGAGAUGGUUAAAUUGAGCUUGUUUUUGUCUUAGAUCUUUAGGGCACCUGCAUAGUUAUUCCAUUCCUGCCCUGGAAAAGCUGUUGGAGUAGUCUGGAAUUGCAAAACAGUUAUUAAUGGGUGUUAACCUGCCCUCAUUACAUCAAAAUCAGGACUUUAGAGCUGCUGGUUAUGCAGAGCCAUGUUUGAGAAGCUUAAAAUGGCAAAUGUAAGUGGGCAAGAGGCCUUGGUUAUGUUUUUUUCUCUUCAUUCCAUUUUGCAGCAUUUUUACCUAUUGGAUCCCUGACCUUUUACUGAGAAUCUGUUUAAGCAAGCACAUAACUCGUUCCUUGGAGAGGCAGGCAAGGAGGACGCCUUAGGCUGAGUAGGAAACAGCAUUCCCGGGGCUCGCUGGACUGUUUGAGGGGCAGCUGCCUCCACACCACUGCGCCCCUUACAGCUUCCCACAACUAGUGGAAAUUGCCUUUGUUGGUGGAAAUUAUACAGGGAUUUGGGUAUCCGGACUGCAGAUGUCUUGAUGCAAACUUAGAAUAUCAGGAAUGCUUUUAAAAUGUCUGUUUUAAGAUGGAAUCGAUGUUUUUAUAACUUGAUUUUUGUGCUAAAUAAAUGAUUUGCUUUGCACAUGAAUAUAUUCUGUACAAGUCCUGUUUCUAUAACUUGAGUACUACAGACCAGGCAGAUCUAUCAGAGAAUGUUGUCUUUGAUCAUCUCUGACAAUAAUGCCCAAAUAAAUCAUGUUUUAGCAACUGCU